AUGUCUGCGACCGGUUCCAACAACGGUGCCCUCGAGAAGGAUAUCGGUGAGAUUGCGCCUCAGCAAUCUGCCGAGACUGCCAUCCCCGUUCAGCACCAGAUGACCAACGAGCAACACGAGGUUGCGCGCGCCGCUGCCCGCUUCGGAUACGGACCUUUGGCUCAUGUCAACACCGCUGAUGCUCCCCUCCGUCCCUUCGGUGGUGAGUUCCAGCCCGGUCUGUACAAGCCCGUUGAGGGCCGCAAGUUCGGUAACCCUGCUCCUCUGGGCCUGUGCGCUUUCGCCCUCACCACUUUCGUGCUGAGCGCCAUUAACAUGGGUGCCGCCGAUAUCACCGAGCCCAACAUUGUCGUUGCUUUGGCCUUUGGUUACGGUGGUUUGGUCCAGCUGUUGGCUGGCAUGUGGGAAAUGGCUGUUGGUAACACCUUCGGUGCUACUGCUUUGUCUUCGUAUGGUGGUUUCUGGCUCUCGUUCGCUAUCGUCCUGACCCCCGGUGGGUUUGAGAUUGCUUCGGGCUUGGGUGGCGCUACCAGUGCGAACUUCAACUACUCCUUUGGUCUGUUCUUGAUGGGUUGGUUCAUCUUCACCACCAUCUUGGUCAUCUGCACCCUCAAGUCGACCGUCGCCUUCUUCCUGCUGUUCUUCUUCCUGGACUUGACCUUCCUCCUGCUCGGUAUUGCGUACUUGCAGGGUGGUGGUACCGCUGCCAACCCCAAGAUCGCCAAGGCUGGUGGUUUAUUCGGUCUCCUGGCUGCUUUCGCUGCCUGGUACAACGCUCUGGCUGGUAUUGCCGAUACCAGCAACAGCUUCUUCAUCCUUCCCGUUAUCCACUUCCCCUGGUCCGCCACUGGCCGUGAGCGCCGUGAGAAGAGCGACCGGGAGAUGGCAUAA